UCUGCUGCUAACAGCUACCAGCCAAGUCUCUGGAGUUAGCUAGGGAGCUAGCCAUGAGCUAACACGUAGCUAGCUGAGUCUUUUCAUCCUGCCACCGUAACUCAGCCUUCGCCAAGCGUUUUGCAGAGGGGAACACUGUUUAAAUUGCCGGAAUUCUCAUUCAGCCCUUUGUUUCACCUGGAAUCCGUGGACUGAUUUUUACGGUCUUCAUUUCACAAUCCCUCCCGCCGCCUUGAACUUUUCUCCCCUUUGACACUUAACAUCCCUCGGUACACAGAGCCAUGGCAGCUGCGAAGCCAAAAGGGCAGAACUCUCUAGCCCUUCACAAAGUGAUUAUGGUGGGCAGUGGAGGAGUGGGGAAAUCAGCCCUCACUCUCCAGUUCAUGUAUGAUGAGUUUGUUGAAGACUACGAGCCCACUAAGGCAGACAGCUACAGGAAGAAAGUGGUGCUGGAUGGAGAGGAGGUGCAGAUUGACAUCCUUGACACAGCUGGGCAGGAGGACUAUGCAGCCAUUCGGGAUAACUACUUCCGUAGUGGCGAGGGCUUCCUCUGCGUGUUUUCCAUCACAGAGCUGGAAUCAUUUGCAGCAACAGUAGAUUUCAGAGAGCAGAUUCUGCGAGUGAAGGAGGACGAGAACGUGCCCUUUCUCUUGGUCGGUAAUAAGUCAGAUUUGGACGACCGACGGCAGGUUAGCGCAGACGAGGCCAAGGCACGUGCAGAGCAGUGGGGAGUGUGCUAUGUGGAGACUUCUGCCAAAACCCGUGCCAAUGUUGACAAGGUGUUUUUUGACCUUAUGAGAGAGAUCCGGGCACGGAAAAUGGAGGACAGCAAAGAGAAGAAUGGGAAGAACAAAAGUAAAAGUUUGGCCAAGAGAAUUAGGGAGAGAUGCUGUAUUUUAUAGUCGUUAAAGAAAGCAGGCUAGCUGCUUAUGUACAUAUACAUUUCUCAGACUUUUGCAUUUAUUUUGUGCCCAUACCUGACCAUGACUUUCUGCUCCUGGCUACCAGGACAUCUGACCAUGUGUCAGGAAGUAGUAAGGUGGCACUCCAUACACCAUUUAUAGCUCUAACUUUUUAUGUGCUGACACUCCAAAUAAUUUAUGUACUCUCUCUUACUCUGACCACAUUACAGAGUGUAAUAAAUGGAUGGUGUUUUAAUUUAGGCCUAAGCUUGACAAGAGGCUAAGCCCUGAAAUGUUCCAAAACCUUUUAUUGUAAAGUUUGAUGUGUAUAAUAUAUUCAGACAACUGUGCAGUGCAAGUUUCAAAAGAAAACAUAAACCGAAAGUGUCGGAGUCAAGGUUUAAAUGGGGAAGAUGUUAGCUGAGCUUAAUGCUGGAAAGCCCCAAUCCAUGUAAUUAAUCCACCAUCUUUGUUAGGGGAGGUAACAGCAGUGUAGUGUCAACCCAGAGUUCAUCAAGUGCCACUAAGGAAAUGUAUAUUGCACUGGUGAAUCUAUGAAACCUUUUGAUUGAAAGAACAUUGCAUUCUCUAAGCCAGAGCCGAAAUUUGAUGCCAUUCCUAUUUGUCGUUUUUACACUUCAGUUUUACUAUAUAGUAAUGGUUAUGGACACUUAUUUCUACCUGUCAAGUCAAACUUUUUCCUUCUUUUCCUCUCCUCUCUCACGUCAACCAGUGUAAGAUAAGCGCACUAUGUCUCCAUUUGUUCCCCCCCCCCAUUUCAGUCACUUUGUUGAGUCUUCUCAAAUGCACAAACAUCGAUCAUUACCCUUAAAUCUGCGAGGGAUUUUACUACACUUGAACUUUUUUUCAAUUCUAACAUUUCAGAAGUUUUACCUCACUUGGCUAAUGACUUUCCAUUGCCUUGUUUGCGAUUUUAAAAAGGAAUCCCUGGUGCUCUGAUAAAAGGCGAUUCCAUGACACUACAUCCUUUACAUGCUGUUCUGACACAUCUGAAACAAAUUGCUUCCAGGCAUGUAAAGAUUUCGUUUGCCAAUUUAACUUUACCUGGCUCAGACUUUUAAUCACCAACCUUGUAUUCCCUUCCCUUUUUUAUUUAAAUGUCUUCCUUAAUUACAAAUAAAUUAAUGGGUAGAUAACUGUCAAGGCUAAAAUUUAAAAAAAAAAAAAAAAAAAGGCUGCAGUCUGGAAGUGCGGUGGUACCUGUUCAAAUAAAAGUUGCUCUCAGUCACCAAAGAAAAACGCUAGCUAGUACAAACAAGUGCCCACUUAUUAAUUGAAGUGAAUGACAGCUUGCUAUAGUGAGCAUCAAAAGUAAGCACUACGAUGUUUGUGCACAAAAACUCCGUAAAAGCGAGCGAGGCAAAGGUUGAAAGGGGCGUCGGGGGAAGGAGCGGAUUUUAUUCUGAAUCGCCUGGGAAAGAAAUGCAAGGUUAUGAGGGCUUUAGUAAUUCUCUCGUUCAGUGCGUCACCGUUGCCUCUCUGUCCAUUGUGAAUGUCAAUAAUCCCCACAUACUGAUCCUGUUUGCCUGUAAUGUUAGACUGCAAAUGAUGUGCAGAGUUUAGAGGUCACUGACAUUCUACUUUGCUUGCUUUUGCUACGUUCCGUGCAAGGCUACCCUGUGUUAUACAAUGUAGGAACAUCUCAAUGAAAUACCCUAAUGUGUUCAUUUUCUCUUGCUCUUGUAGUUGGAUCACUUUAGGUUGAAUCAGUGUAAAAUAAUUGGCAAAAUAUGAAUGCAAUAUAUGACUAACGACUAAAUUGCAUAGACCAAAACACACUGUGAAACCUGCCCCUUGAUUCUUAGUUUACAACUGAGCCACUCUUUUUGUUUUUUUCCCCCCAUAACUUAGUUUACAUAACUUAUUUUUUCAAUAUUUCUAAUAAAAUCUGACAACCCUCCUGAGGUUGCUGCCACGUUUCACUCCGAUCCAGUUUAAAUCAUUAAUGUACAAAUAAAUCCGUGUGUGCAUACUGCUCACCAUUUACACUUAAGGAUUUCUGCCACCGGUCGGAUGCCCAACACUGGAGUCUAUGCAAAAUGACUGUUGUAAUUACAAAGAGGAAAUGUGAAAGUUGGAAACGGCUCAGAAACACUGUAAACUAUUUUAAAAAGAUAAGAGUGUAGUAGAAACACUUGAGCUUCAUCGCUGUGGGGAGAUUUGACCACAGCAUCAUCUUUAUCACUAUUUUUUUGUUGUUUGAAGUGCUAAACACUAAAUUCCCACACUUAGUGGGAGUUAAUCCAUAAAUAUUUCAGUGUUUUACGACAAAAAAAAAAAAAACAUCAUGCAAACGAAUGUCUGUGGGAUUUCUUGUUUACUGAAAAGCACACAGCAGAGAGUUGGACUUUAAAAAUGAGACGAGCUCGAAUCCCAAAUGUCAGGAACGCAGAAUACACGGAAAGCAGUUUUAAGGUUCUAAGGGCUAACCUCCAGUACACCACACGAUGAUUGGAACCCUCCCUGAAAGUUAAAGCGACAGGCACAGAAACACGUCCAGUGUAAGGACCCCUUCCUUAGCUUAUCGAGGCCAUUACAUUAACUGCUGUGUCUUUGUUGUUGAGGACUGCAGAAGCUACUAUACUUAACGUGACCACCAUAGUGCUUGCUUACUGUAACAUUGGCUUAACACAGUCUCAUUUCAGUGCUUUUUCAGAGGCAAACAUUGUUCAAAAUCAUUGUACUUAUUUUAUUUUUCCCUUUGUUUUCAUGUAUACUUUAAUAGACUUGAUGGCCCAAAUAUUUUCAGUGGCAUACUAAGACAGAUGUUUGUGUGAAAGCUAUGAGCAAACUGUCCUACUGGGUAUUCAGAUAACUUGUUUUGCCUUUUAUAUACAUAAAUACCCUUGGAAUAAUAAAAAAAUCUAGGUAUCUAUGUCUUUGAUUGGAUGGUUGUAUGUAUGCCAUCAGUUCAAUGUUUCCUUCAUGUUUACUUAUUUUGAACAUAACCACUAAUGUAGCCUAUCUGUUUGUGAAUGCAAGAGGUGAAGCUUACAUUUCAAUUCAUUUUUUGUGAGUUAUUUGGAAAUGGCAAAUAAAGUGGAUAUUACUAAUAACA